CUCCAUGCUGCCUCAUCAGGAGGGCAUGAACAGAUUGUUCAAAUGCUUCUUCAACAAGGAGCUGAUAUAAAUGCUCAGAACGGAAAACAUGGCAAUGCUCUCUAUGCUGCCUCAUCAAGAGGGCAUGAACAGAUUGUUCAAAUGCUUCUCCAACAAGGAGCUGAUGUGAAUGCUCAGGGCGGAUAUUAUGGCAAUGCUCUCCAGGCUGCCUUAUUACAAGGGCAUGAACAGAUUGUUCAAAUGCUUCUCCAACAAGGAGCUGAUGUAAAUGCUCAG